UUGAAGAUGAUUAUGAAGACUGUGAAGGGGGUAUUAGCUACGGAUCAGGAAUGUUUUAAUCUUCUUUCUCCGUUUCCCAUGAGCAACUACUUGGAUCUAUUGGCCAAAAAAUAUCCACCUUUAGUCCAUGUACAAGCCUUUGGUACCAGUUUUGAGAAACGGCGACUUAACAUGGUCAAAAUAUCAACUGAGAAAAAUGGUGCUGAAAAGCCGAUCAUACUAAUAGAUGCUGGUAUUCAUGCCAGAGAAUGGAUUGCCCCAGCAAUGGCAUUAUUUAUUAUCAACCAGCUUGCUGAAAAUGAAACUAAUAGAUAUCUCACUGAAGAAAUUGAGUGGCACAUCUGUCCACUUCUCAAUCCUGAUGGCUAUGAAUAUUCACGGAAAACCGACAUGUGGUGGCGAAAGACACGAUCACAUACAAGAAACAAACAUUGUCGCGGUGUUGAUGGAAACAGAAAUUUUGAUUUCCAUUGGAAUGAAUGUGGUGCUAGCAGUGAUCCAUGCUCAGGUUGUUAUGCAGGAGAAAAGCCCUUCUCUGAAGUGGAAACACAGGCAUUUAGGGCUUAUGUCAUGUCAAUUAGAGAUCGCCUUAAGCUCUACCUUACAUUUCAUAGCUAUGGGCCUCAAGCAAUUGCAGAAAGUGCAAAUUUGGCUCAGAUGAAAGCUGGUGGCCCAAGGUUUGUGAUUGGUUCUUCAGAAAAUACUUUAUAUUGUGCAGCUGGUGGCAGUGAUGAUUGGGUAAUGGGCAUAGCAAACAUUUCUUUUGCUUACACUGUAGAAAUGCCUCCUGCUGGUACAACACGUUUUCAUCCAUCUCCUUUGGAUAUACGGCAGUAUGUCACUCCAUUCUUUGAAGCAGUACGGACAUUUGCACAUCAUGUUGCAGGAUAUCAGUGCUUAAUAUUUUCUUCUUAUAUAGUAUCAUCACCUCAUUAUUCUCUGGAAAAGUCUGCCAAUUUGGAAAAUAAUGAAAACAGUUCUCAAAUGGAAAUGAGUUAUCAUUUAGACUCAGAAUAA